AUGGCACAAAAUGCUCCACCCAACCACGAGCCAACUGAGAACCGCAGGAGUUACAUACCGCUGGACCACUACACGAGCUCUCACAGUGACCCACAUAGAUCUAGCCACGUGAUCACCGCGGCCGAAGAAGCACCUACACUGCUGCGGGCACUGGGACUGUCUGCCCUUGGUGAGGCCGUCAAGAGAUCUGAGAGGAAAAUCCACUUGGGACCCGACCACAGUAGUCCCCUUUACCCCACGGAACUGACCAACCACGAGCACCGGGACAUGACCAAGCUCGGACCCCAACGAGCAGCAGGCAACAAGGGACUGUACUCAUAA